CCCGCACGGUGUUCGCCGACCCUCGCGCUUCUAUAUAAAUACGAAUCAACGGUACUAUCGAUGUCACAUAUCACAUUCAACUCUUCCGUUGACUACCAACAGUCAAUUCUUUUUUAAUCAAAACACAACUCAUCCGACAAGAUGAACCGGUGCACAAUCUUGAUGGUGGGUUUGGUGCUCUGCUGCACAGUGUUUCGUGCAGCAACGGCCGAAAAUAAUCAAGGGUCGUUCGGAGCCCGAGCGGAGGCGCCAUCUCCUUUGGAGGCAACGGAAGCUGCAUCUUCGUUAGGGGAAGAGCAUACCAGGCCGAAAAGGACACUUUUCCUUAAGAAAAAAUUGCUCGGAGCUGGUCUCCUGGGUUUUGGGCUCGGGAUUGCUAAAGGAUACAAAGCCGGAUAUUACCACGGCGGACCGGAAGUACACCACGUUUACGUAGCGCCACCACCACCACCGGCUGUCAAGUACGUCGAAUACGUGGAGAAACCAGUUUUCGUUGAGAGAAUCGUCGAGAGACCGGUAUUCAAGAGUCAUCCGGUACCGGAGUUCGAUCCAGCGUGGUCUCAUCAGGCCGAACCUUCCCCGGUUUAUGGACCGAGUUGGUAAUUUGAAUGGCCGAUCAUGAUCGCAUCGGUAAUUUAUAACGGAAGCUCAACGUGAUCGCAUUACCUCAAGUUAUAAUUAUAGUUUUUAUAAGUAUAAUGAUAUCAAUUGUUUGUGUAAAAAUGCAUUUUUGUUAAAAAAUUGUUAUUGUGCAAUGAAAAGACAAAAAAAAAUUGCUA